CAGAAAUAGUCGUUCAUUCGUGUCGGGCUGGUUUUUGACUUGUAUCGUAUGCUCGUCAUUUUUGUGACUACGCAAAUGUUUUGAUAAAUAUUCACCAAAUCUUCAUUAUUCUUUUCGUCAUAUUGAAGUUUUGUUUACAAAUGCUUUACCACCAUUCCUUUACAGCUAAAUAGUUCUGAUCUGUUUUAAAAUUAUUACGCAGUGAUCAUUGGCGAGCAAUAAUAAAAUAUGGCUCAUUUUAUCUUGCUUUGUUGUUUGAUGUUCCUUCUUGAAACUGUGGUGUCUCAGAUGGUAGUGUCAUUAGAAGGGACCAAGUCAGCUGUCCGAGGUUCCAACGUGACAUUCAUUGCAACAGUGCAUGGGUAUGAUGGCUCUGAAAAACUUGAGUUUGAUUUCUGGGAUGAUGCACAGCCACAUCAUGGUGAUACUUUUUACUUAGCAUCAAAUGUAUCAAAAUGGACAGUAGAGUAUUCUCGAGAUUUGUAUGAAGCUGGAGAGUACACAGUGAAGGUGGAUUUGAAGAAGAGCUUCUUGGGAUUUUAUUAUGUUGUCUCCUCGGCCUCCACCACUUUCCAAUUAACAGAUUCCUUAAACGGAAACCUAGUACUAAUCCAAAACAGUACUCAAAGGCCAAAUAGUUUUGUUGCCGUAAAUAAAACCGUGAAUCACGUGAUUCAACUGCCAGAUAAUGAAAUGGAAUUCCUCAAGAAAAACUCUUCAACUAUAAUAACAUACUGGUUCAUUGAUUGCACGUACGUCGACCAAACAACAGAUUUCUCUCUCAAUUACACUUAUAGUGACGCAAUGAGCAAUCAUUACAUUGAUGCACUAGUUGUUGCGAAUCACGAACCUUUGCCGCCUAUUCCAACUACGACUACAACAACUACUACUACAACAACUACGACAACAACAACUACAACGACAACCACGACGACAACAACACCAAAACCAACAACAACACAGAAACCAACAACAACAUCGAGUACGACUGCGCCGUCAACAACUACAGAGAAAAAUGCAACGAUUCAAAGCAAUGAAACUGCAGUAGGUCAUAAGGUGGCAAAGAGGGCUGUAUCUAACAAAACCAAAAACAAGACUCAUAUUACCCACAUGCCCAGAGAUUUUAUUUGCCAUAACUCCAAUGUUCCUAUAGGCGACAUGUUUACUUAUGGACAUUAUCAGCAGACAAUUGGAGUGAAAGAGCCUAUAGGAACACCAGUGAACAUAACCGGUUUAAACUGGCUUCAGCAUGGGGACCUGAUGAACUUGCAAGUGAAGUAUGCGGGCUCGCCUCCAUUCAGCUACUGUGCCGAGUACAAGCUCGGACAGUACAAUGUGACGGGCAAUGAAACCUGCCCCGUUAAAACCACAACAGUAUCCAACGUGUUCCCGCUAGUACACUAUUUCUCCGAUAGUGACCAACAUACUGUAGUGGUGAUCAUUGAGAACGAUAUUGGGAAGGUUGUGACGAGAGCUACUAUUAACAUUUAUAAAGCGUCGGUCCACGCGCAGCUCUCCGUUAUCGUAGUCCCGGUGGUGUUCUGUCUGCUAGCCGUCAUACUCGUUGUGUUUGGUAUCGCCUACUACCAACAUAGAUCUAGAUAUUCCGUCGAAGUAGCCGACUUCGACUUUGGGCAACAGUCGACGUUCGACUACAAGACGUUCACGGAGCGACUACGGGACAGCUUCCGGAACGCGUUCAACUUCGGUCGCCACGAAGACACCGACCCGCUCACCCCCAACACUAGGUACGACUCGAUGACGUAAACAUUCAAAGAACACACUGGGAUGAAUUUGGAAUUUGAAAUCAGAUGUGAUUGUAGCUUACAAUUGGUGCGCUCGUAAGAAUACGAAUCGGAUACAACUAACAACAAACUUGUUGAUUGAUGAGCAACUCUUCAUUUGUCAACUCCUAGCGUGCAAUUACUAAUUUGCUGUAAGCUGAGUUUGAAUGCUGAAGAUUUGAGCCAAAUAUUAUAAUAUAACUGGAGAUUUUCGAAACUAAUUUCGUCAUAAAACAUUCGUUCCAUUUAUGUUAAAGUAAAAAAAAAAUAGUUUUAUUUUUUAGCAUUUAUUUGUGUGGGUGUAAAGAUAUUGUGAUACAUAUCUAAAUUAUUGCAAUGAUUGUGUCAAUGAUCACAUCAAUAGAAAUAUUGCAUUUCAUACCGUUCAUGAAGUGAUUAAAAUGACAACAGAGCUGAUGGACGUGUGCUGAAAGAAGUAUUUAUAUAAAUUAACAUUGUAUUGAAAUCGAUAACUAGGAAGUGCAUUUGGAUAGGCGGUGUAUUAUAAAUUUGUAACUAAUGUAACUUUGUUGAAUUUAUUUAUCAAACCUGUAUCCAUACAAAUUCAAGUAUCUCGCAUAAGACAAAUAAUCUAACGCGGAUAUUUUCGAGUUAUGGAGUUAUGUAACGUCAAAAUUUAAGACAUUUUGAACGCAGCAGAGGUUUUUUAUGAUUCUUGCGUUUACGCGUACGCGUAUCUUGCGUAUGCGUAUAGUGAACAGGACUAAAUUAGGUACCUACAUUAUACGCGACCAUCGCACAAAAAAAUAAAGUCGCAAUUCGAUCCAUCUAUAAACGUAUGACAUCCGUCUAUCGAUCCGAUCUAUUUCAUUUGAUUUGUCUUCUUGCUGUAUAUUAUUUGGGUUACAGGACAAAUAUACGUUAUUGUUUGAUGAACUGAUAUGUCCGCAAGACAGCCAAAAUAGUGAGCAAUACAAUAUGUCAGAUUUCGAACUUUAAAUGACGGGUCUCGCGUCCCGCAAAGAUUCGCAACUAAAUUUUAUUUUUGUGUUUAAAAACUAUUUACUUUAAAUUUAUGCAAAUGAAUGCAAAAACCUAAUAAGUAACUAUGAUUUUAUGUGAUGUGUUAGAUUUAAUUGUGAAUAUGUCGGCUCCAAUUGACACAGUAUUUGUUUGUUUGAUAUAGACUGAUGUUUGAUGGUAUAUUGUUUUAUUUAUUUGAACUUAUUGAUAUUUCGGUACGUCAUUUAGUUGUAUAUUUUCUUUCCAUGUAUGAUUAAGUCACUUUGAUAUGUAGUCUGUUAAUAUUAUUUGUACAGAUUUAGUUGCUUUAACUUGCUGUCGUGUGAAAUAAUAAUGUUAUUUUGCGCCAUAUAUCGUCAUAAUAAUUAUUAUAAGUAAUUUUCCCUCUGUCGUGAAUACGUUAUCCAUUUAAAAAUUAUCGCCCUGGCGUGAAAAAUCUAGUUCCCAUACGUCUUUGUAUUGUAAAGGACAAUGUAGUUCCUAUUAGAUAUCGCUACCAAUUUCACUACUUAAUUGACUACUUAAAUGAGAUUUUAUAUAAAAAUAAAAUAAAGAAAGUAUCUAACAGUACCAGUAUAUCUAUAAUGGAGCCUUAGUACCUCAGUUAAUAGAACGCUUGCCUUUCACUUUGAGGUCGCAGGUUCGAAUCCAGCACAUGCCUAAACCAAUGAUUGUCGAAUUUGUUUUCGAAUUCAUGUUUGGAUCAUAAAUGUGAAAUGUGUGUGUGUGGAGGAAAACAUCGUGAGGACACCCACGGGAUAAUGCUAGGGAGAUGAUGAUGACCUAUAUCUCUAUAAUGUUUAUGUGAAAUAAAUAUUUUGUUUUCGAGCAUUAGUGCACUUGUACCGUUAUUAUAGCUCUAACAUUAUUAUUUUUCACGACAGCACAUUAUAACUUAUAGGUAGUAUGUAAUGUAAUCUAGUGCUGCUGGACAUUUGAAUGUAUGAAAUCAAAAGUGAUCAGUCAUGUUUUGUGAUAUAUUAGGUUUAAACAAAUUGUCUACUAUACGAGUAUAAUUACUGAUAAGUAUUAAACCGAUUUCUGUACCUUAGAGGCGUUAGACUGAAUUUUCGUUGUUUCUCCAAAAAUAUUAAAGGCUUUAGAGUAUUUGUUUCGUUGGCAAACUUGUAGGAAUUUUUCCCUCUGAUGUAAUAUUACAUUAAAUAACAAUUUGAAGCGCUCUUCGUAUUGGCAUCACAAACAAAAAUGUUCCGUUUAAAACUUAAUAAUGAUUCAGUUGCAAAAUAUAUGUUUGAUAAAAAUAAUGAAAGGAGUAGUGGUGUUGCCCUGAAUCAUUUAAUUGGGCAUUUGGAAGGAUAUCUCUUGUGUACCUAAUUUAUUUUGUUUCAAAUUGCUUAUAAAUGUUGUAUUUUGUUUAAACAAUAAAUUGUAUAAGAACUAUGAAGGUAGCACUACUCCGAAAUUAUUUACUAUGGUUGAUACAAUACUUUUGCAACUGAAUCAUGAUAAUCUUCAUAAUGUACCCAAGCUUCUGAGAUACAGAUUAAAAAAUAAAUUGUAAUUUAAAACUAAAUAAAAUGUUGUUUAAAUUUUACAA